GCCUCGCCUUGAAACUCGAAUCAUCAGUAGAGGAAAAUGGCCGUUACAUGCAAAAGCCCUUUGUAUAGUUGUAUAUUUCUUCCCCACCCAAAACAUUUCCCAGCCAUCGAUCCUUUUCCUCGUUUCUCAGAUGGAUGCUUUGGGAAAUGGAAGGUUUUGGUGGAAAUGGCCUUCCAAAGGCCAUCGAUUCCGCUCCUCCAGAUCCAAGCCCUCGGAUUCCACGGACGGUGGAGGUUCCACCAUCAAAGGAGGCACAGGAAGAAGCUUCAACUUUCCUAUCAAGCAAGCGGCCACAGCUGCUUCUCUCACUCUCACUGGCGACACUGUCGCACAGCUCCACAGCCGCUGGAAGCUCCACGGUCCGUCCCAUUCCAAUCCCAAGAAUGUCAUGUUGAACCUCCUGUCAGAUCAUGAUUGGCUUCGGGCACUUCGGAUGGCUUCCUAUGGGUUUCUUCUAUAUGGGCCCGGCUCUUAUGCAUGGUACCAGUACCUUGAUUACUGUUUGCCAAAGUCAACAUUUGAAAACCUCUCGCUGAAGGUUUUACUAAACCAGGUUGUCCUGGGUCCUGUAGUUAUUGGUGUUAUUUUUGCAUGGAAUAACGUAUGGCAAGGGAGUCUGUCACAGCUUCCAGACAAAUAUAAAAGGGAUGCCCUUCCUACUCUACUCUAUGGGUUUAGGUUUUGGAUUCCUGUCAGUGUACUAAAUUUUUGGGCCAUUCCUCUUCAAGCCCGUGUAGCAUUCAUGUCUACCUGCUCCAUUUUUUGGAACUUUUACUUGUCCUCAACCAUGAGCAAAUAAUCCACUGGUCUGUCUUCUACCGGAGAGCCUAGCCUGGCGACAAGCAGGAGGUAUUGUUCCCAAGUCUCAACUUAUGCUUUCUCCCUGUUCUAUUUGGCUGGUUAGGUUCUUUAUUCCUUCCAUUUGAAAGUUUAUAUUUGUUUUGCCAUCAGGUUGUUGGCCCCAA